UUGCAUGCAGGAAUACCAACAGGUAUCAUUAGUUCAAUUUUUAUUUUUACGUAUGGCGAACGUUGGUGGUGACUCGUGGUAAUAACAUCAUCGUAAAAACUGUAAUUUCAAGGAAAAACCGCUUCGAAAAAACUACUCUUCGUGACAACCACAGAAACUUCGUCAACAGAAUCAGAGACGGUUUCAGGAUAUAAAACUGGUCAUCAGAUCAAGACAGCUUCACUAUGCCUCAGAAGAGUAACACUUUACCAGUCUGGGGCAAUGAGGCGUCCAUGAACCUCAACCCCCUCAUCUUGACCAACAUACAGUCCUCACCUUACUUCAAAAAUGAGCUCUUCAAGUUGAAGACCUACCACGAAGUUGUGGACGAGAUCUAUUUCAAGGUUGAUCAUUUGGAGCCAUGGGAAAGGGGCAGUCGACAAACGUCUGGUCAGAUAGGCAUGUGUGGUGGGGUACGUGGCGUAGGGGCUGGAGGCAUCGUCUCCUCGGCCUACUGUCUUCUCUACAAGUUGUACACCUUGAAGCUGACCAGGAAACAGCUGAACGGCCUCCUUACACACAUAGAUUCCCCUUACAUCCGAGGGCUGGGUUUCAUGUUCGUCAGAUAUACUCAACCACCUGCUGAUCUGUGGGAGUGGCUGGAACCGUAUCUGGAGGAUGAGGAGGAGAUAGAUUGCAAGGCAGGGUCUGGUAGUGUCAUGACCAUCGGUGAGAUGGUGCGCAGCUUCUUGACCAAGCUGGAGUGGUUCUCAACUCUCUUUCCUCGCAUACCGGUGCCCAUCAUGAAGGACCUUGAGGUCAAGUUACAGGAAUGGAAGGUUGGUUUCUUAGAGAGACAAAGACAGCAACAGUUGGAGGAGGGAACUGAAGAGGAUGGAUACCAGGAGAUUGAAGGCGGCAGAGAUGCAGAGAGACAGCCAAGAAAUAGAGAAAAAACACGCAGUAGAAGUCGGGACCGCCAUCGCAGUCGAAGCAAAGACCGUUUUCGCAGCCGAAGCAAAGACCGCCGUCGCAGUCGCAGCCGGGAACGCCGCAGCCGGAACGAUGACCGCCACCGAAGAAGCCGCAGUCGGGAGCGGAAGCGACGCAGCAGGAGCUCUGAGAGGAGGCACCGCAGGAGCCAGGAGAGGAGCAGAGAGAGACGACGCAGUAGGAGCCGCGAGAGACGACGGGAACGCGACGGGGAUGAUUACUCGCGGGCCCUGCAGCGCGAGCGGGAGCGCCAGCAGAGGGAGCGAAGGGAACGGCGCAGCUCCAGCCGAGAGAGACGCCACAGUCGGGACCGGGACCGGAGGAGCAACCGUGACAGGCGGAGAAGCCGAUCGUCCGAUCGUAAAAAAUCACAUUCCGUAGAUAAAGAGCGCAGGAGAAGCCACAGUCCUAGUCAGGGACGCAGGUGAUGCUGAAUAUUUAACAGUACUAUUUCUUAGUUUUUAUGUUCUGUGCGAGACAUUAGUUUAUUGAUCAGGUGCUUGCCAGAAUUGAAUGUAAUUUCUGUACUUGUAGUCUUGAUUUUGAAAGCAUCUCAUCUGUUAAGGCGGGUUCAUACUUUGAGUGAAAGCAAACAUGCAAAGUUUUUAUAUCAGAUCAAAUGUUCACACUGCAUUUCACAAAAGUUUACGGCAUUCAAGGCAGCAAAUUUUGCCGCAAAUGUUUCACAACAUCAAAGUCACUUCUGUGUUCACCAGAAGUAGGAACCGCCCGUUAUGGUCUUUAGUCAUGCUAUUCGUGGUUUUCAAAGGAAAGUUAAAACAGGUUGAGGCCCAUGUAUUCACGUUCAGAGGAUUUCCUGCUUUUAAGGGAAUGGCCCAUCAUUGCAGUCUACCCCGCAGUCCGACUUUCUUUUACCAGGUUCUUAUCAUUUUGAUGAAUGAGAUGGGCUCACUUCUUGGACAGUGUAAAGCUGACAACUUGUGGUCAUUACUCAUUCAUACAGAGAUGCCCACAUUAACACCAGCAUUUCUGAUUUGUCUUGGAUGAUUUCUUGCAAGUGCCACACAUAUUGAAAAAUGUUCAGGACAACAGUGGCUUUAUCUACUGUUAAAAUGUGUUUGUCAGAUGGGUUUUAGGUUUUGGGUUUUACCACAACUAAAACGUACGAAAAUAUGGCUGACGUUUCAGUUUUUUUGUUUUUUCCAGUUUUCUCAUACGUACAUAUACGUUCCUGUGAAAAAUGACCUGCUCAUCAACCAUCAGAUCCAGAAAUCAUUCCCAGGUGUUGUCCUAGCCUGUACCAUUUACAAAUGUUCCUUGCUGGCUAGUUGUUUUAAUAGUGCCAAAACACCUGCCAAUGACUACUUUCUGCAUGAACAGUGUUUCCAGAAUCCCAGGGGGGCUGUGUGAUUUAUGUGUACAUAUGUCUUUUCUCUUUAUAGAAAAAACCUCACUGUUUGGUAGCUUAAAUUUACUUCAUGUCAUAAACUGUUUGCAGUUGAGCUAUAUAACUUUUGUAAAGUGUUUGUACAUAUAUGGAUUUCUAACGGAAGGCUAAACUAGAGUUUAAUGUGUUGGGGAUUUCUUUGUUCAUUCUGACUUGAACACUUAAACAUUUUUUCAGGAUUUUCUACCAAGUUACGUAAAUAAUGUCCAGCAGGAGCUUGUUAUUACAGGAGAACAUUUGGCACCAAAGAAGUCACUGACAUAAAUGGCCCAUAUUUGUAAAUGAUGUCUGUUGCAUCAUACACGGUCAGUCACCUCAGGGCAAGUUCGGAUGUGAGCUAUAGAUCGUCCAGUAGUCAAUUGUUUUUUAACACUGCGCAUGCGCAAUUCAGUUGCACUCACACAACUCCAGUCGGUCAAGUUUUUAAACUCUCAUCAUUACUCACAUUUCACUGUUGGCUGCGAUUCUAGCAGCGUGCAAGGUCACUGAAAGCUCGUACAAUUACUUGCAUGUGAAUGGUUCCCUCUAAUGAUAAAUGAAAUCAGCUAUUGAUAACUAGCGAUGCGACCUGACCCCUGGGUCUGGUCCCAAAUGGUCAAGUAAAUCGUACAAACAUUCAUCGUUCGGGCGGUGUAAGUCGAUCUGUAGUUAAUCAUCAUCUCUCGAACCUGCCCUAAAACUCUCUGCAUUACUUAGAAUAUUCACCGGCACCUGACAUGGUCAAGUAUUAACUCAUGAUCACAUGCUGGAAUUGAUUGUAAAUAUUGGCAAGUGUACAAGAUGUGCCUUCCAGCCACAGGAUUGGCUUAUUGUCAUUUAUGUUGGGUUUGCAUGAGAGGUACAUCUUGAAAUAUGUUGGGUUUCGCUCAGUAUUCCAUUACCUGCAGUCUUGCAUUUUAAACAAGACAAGCUUUGGAAGCGUGUUCAUCAGUAGAUAUGCUAUGUACCUCAAAGGAAUUUCAAAAAAAAAUGUGAGAACUGUGCUUGCCUGCACUGUUUGUGACAGUAAGCCCCGAUCCUCCUGGUGGUGGGUGGGGCUUAACUGGUGGGGCGAAAGAAUGAAUUUCCAUGCAUUCCCAUUUAUAAAGUACUGGGUUUAUACUCCUGAAUCUAUCAAGAAGGCAAAACUACAAAAUAUAGAAUUGAAGCUCACACGUCAAAGUUUGAUAAAUAAAGUUUCUGCGCAGUUGUAAAUUAC